AUGCUUCUGCUCGAAAGAGCGUCUGCAUCCUCGAAAUGCUAUCCCCGUUUUCUCUUAACGACGCAAAACGUACAAGAGAAAAGAAGCGUUUUAUCUCGCGAUACUCUUAUUUGUCGUCGUCGGGGUAACGACAGAGCGCUUUUACCGCGCUGUGCGAAUGUGAAUUUAGGGGAAACGAAGAACGGCGACGAAACCGUUAGAGAAGAAGAACAACGCGGGGUCUUCGAGGUGGUCGAACUGUUCUCUGGCAUCGGCGGGAUGCGGUUAGCUUUGGAACGCGCGAACGUGUUUAAUAAAAGUGAAGUGCAUUUUACCGCCAUCGAUAACAAUUGCAACGCGAACGCGGUGUACAAAGCAAACUUUAUGAAUCUUUCCUCUGAGACUCGAGUGCUGGAGGGCAACAUCGAGAGUUUCGACGUCGAGCGCCUGCUCGCAUCUUCGGUUGAUGGGUGCGAGAUAUUGACUUUAUCGCCACCGUGUCAACCGUACACGAGGAAAGGGAAGAAUCGAGGGGAGAAAGAUGCGCGGUCGACGGCGUUGGCGAGGAUAAUCGAUAUUUUUGAAGACGCCGGAGAGGAGAAGGAGGAAAGCGUUGGUACUCGAACAACGGCGUUGCCGAAGAGGAUCUUGUUGGAAAACGUCGUCGGAUUUGAGCUCGGUACGGAACGGGAGAGGUUUAUUGAAGCGUUGAAGAAGAAUGAAUAUCACGUGAAAGAGUUCGUUGGUUUGUCCCCGGAGACGAUGUUAGGCGUUCCGGUGAAACGGCCCAGGUAUUACUUGUUGGCGAGAAGGAAAGAGUUGUUUAGGAGUUUUGAUAUCGACGGUGAUGAUCCGCCUUGGAUGAAGUCGCAAAAUGUAACCACGGCGGUAGAAGAUAUAGCUCAGUAUUUAGAUAAAGAAGUAGAUGUAGGUUUAGACGUAGAGGAGAAGAAGAUUAAGUAUUGGAAAUUUUUCGAUGUUGUGAACGUAUCGUCGUCGUCAUCGAAGAACAACACCGACAACGUGGCGUCGACGUUUACGUCCGGGUACGGGAAAACGGUGUUUAGCGGGAGUUUUAUUCUGAAAAACGGCGAUAUCGCAAAGAGGGAUGUGAAUGCAAACAACGCGUAUCGAUUGGUGAAGGAUGAUGAUAACGAAAGCGAUGAAGAUUUCGCAAAGAGAGUUUCAAAGUCUGUCCGUUAUUUCUCUCCUACUGAGCUUUGUCGUUUACACGGGAUUAAAGAUGAUUUCGUUUUCCCUCCGUCGUUAUCAAUGCGACAACAGUAUAAACUCAUAGGGAACGGCAUUUCCGUACACGUCGUCGCGAAAUUGCUAGAAUAUCUAUUUAAAUAA